AUGAGCAGAGAUUACGCAGGAGGGCCCCGGGUGCGGGAGAACCUCUAUUUCGAUAUAGGCGUCGUUGGAAGGAAGACAGGAAUCGCCAUGAAACCCAAUAUUAAAAAGGACCCAAAUGGACUGGAUAACAUUGAUGACUUUUGGGACGACGGCAAUGACGACCCUGAACCUGCAGAAGAUGGAUACGAUGGCCAUCUUGAGGAAAACUACCUUGCUGACCCACAACAGAUAUCACCGCCACCCUCACGCUCGCAGCGGUACAUGGAGCAGGAGCUUCCUGCUGAACUGUUGUCAACGCCUACGUCUCGUCGAGCACGGAAUAUAUCCAUGUCAAAAGGGUCAGGGCCUUCCACCCACGCUCGAGGUCUUUCACUCCCAGGCACCGGCUUAAUCGACGACGAGGCAGAGGAAUACCAAUCACCAUCUUUUCAUGCGGUCAAGAAACGACUCAUCUUUACCAACGACGACGACUCUUCAGAUCAGGAACGUCAUCAGGAUGACGGUCGCAUUCGACGGUCACUCAGCUCAACCACUCAUCAGCGAACUCCACAGUCCUCGUUGUCAUCCCUCAAUAAGGGUACCACAAAAACACCAACGCUGGAUAAGCUUUUGACAGAGUCUCGGCAGAAGAAGGCGCAGCUGCAGGCGAAUACGGCUCGAGGACCACCUUUGGCGGUGGCACAACCACGACAGCAAGCUGCCUCUAGACCUGCUAAUCGACAGAAUUUACCAAAGGCGUUUGAUUUCGGAGUGGAUUUCGGAAGUGACGAUUACGAGGAUGGUAUAUACCAGGCGGGAGCCAAUGAUGGAAAUGAGAACAUCAAUGAGGAUGAUGAUGGUGAUGAUGGUCAUGAUGGUUAUGUAGCAACGACGCGGACGAAAUCGACGCCUGUGCGUUCAACGGCAACGAAACAGGGUCCAAAAGCUGUCAGGACGCCUGCAGAGUUCAAGCGGAAGACAAAGGCUGUGCCCGCGCCAAUGUCAUCAGUACCGUCGCCAAAGCGAGUCAGAUCCCAGCACCUCAUUCAAGGAGGGGAGGAUGAAGAUGGGGAGCUUGAUGAUAGGAUGUACCAUGAACGAGAGCAGAGGGAGGAAGAAGACUAUGGCCGGUUACAGUUCUCGGAUGAGGAGAUACCGGAGCACGACUAUGACCAGGAGCAGGAUGAUGAGGAUCAUUACCGGAGGGAGAUACAAAGGAAGAAACAACCGCAGCCACAACCAAACAAGAAGCAGCCCAUCAACACCAACACCGCUGCUGCCAAGAAAUUGCCAGCCAAGCCGCCUACCGCCACCUCUACCGGCAGCCGGAGUAUCAGCGAAAGGAUGGCGGGUGUCUCAUUGACGGAUACUACUACACCUAAGAAGACAACGAAAGCGUCGUCGGCCUCAUCGAGCAUCGUUUCUUCCCGGAAGAAAGCAUCACAGAAGGCACUGUCGUCAACAGCAAAGGGUAAGGGUCAUCGACCAAGCUCAACAGCAGGAGAUUCAGAGGAGGGAGAGGAAGAAGAGGCGAGCAGUAGGACAGUUCCAGGGUCAUCCCGAGGCAGGACAGGCAGGAGAGCAGUAAUAGGAGCACAAACAGAAUAUGGGUCUGGAACUGAUCGGGGCGGCAAGAAGGCGGUACAGCGGAAGCCUGGUCGUCCUACGAGCAGCAGUACUGGCGCCUAUACUGUCCGCGAGAAACCUGUUGAACUGGUCGAAGUGCCGAUCGUGCCGGACGUCAGUCAAGACGAUCAAGGAGUACGAAGGAGCCAUAGGACAAAGAUCGCACCGCUAGAGUUCUGGAAGAACGAGCGCGUUGUUCUCGGAAAGAGCGAUGGUCCAGCACCGAUGAUCAAAGCUGUUAUGCGUGCGGAGACGAAACCUACCCCAGGCCCUGCAAGGAAACGGAAGCGGGCCCCUACUGGAUCAACGGCGCAAAAGCCGCAACAGAGGAGAGGCGGAAAGCGCCAGGUCAAAGUCGAUAGCGAACUCGAAGCAGUUGAGACGGGAAGCUCGGAGGAGGAUUUGGAGAACGUGCGAUCGACACUGAGACGUCGAGGUAAGCAGGACACGGCGUCUCGGACGACGGCGGAGGUGUUUGAUUAUGUGAGCAACAGUAUACAAUCGAAGAAGAUUGCGGAACCGCAUGAUACGGUUCGGUUCCGGGAUGUAGAAGGAGGGGAGUAUCAGUACCAUCGCGGACUUGAGGAUCCGGGAGCAUUGGCGAGUGGGACGAUCAAGUUGCAUCCAUCGGGAAGCAAACCAAUGACGAACACGAGCGGCCACAGCAGCAGCAACAGCAGCACGAGUAACAGUGGAGAUGGGUUCUCGAUGGUAUUCUUUGUGGCGAAGGGGAUUGUGGAGGUCACAGUGAAUAAGACGUCGUUUGUGGUGUCAAAGGGAGGGACGUUCUUGGUGCCGAGGGGUAAUGCGUAUGGGGUAACGAAUAUGUCGAGGGAGAGGGAGGCGGUGCUGUUUUUCGUGCAGGCGAGUGCGGGCGCGGAUGCAGAGGGCACGGUUGUGUUGGGGGAGCAGGAGGUGGACGAACUGGAAGAGGAAGAUGGCGGCGAUGAAGAUGCACAGAGGAGACCGGCGGCGGCCGUGGCGGCGGCGAGGAGCGAUUCUGCAUCGACGGUGGAGUUGCAGUCGCCGGCGAGUCGGCGACGUGCGAAUGGAGGCAUGAUAUCGUCGUUCCUGUAG